AUGGCUAAAGCAGAUAUCUGGCUUAUUUGCACCUACUGGGAUUUGGAAUUUUCUCACUCAACCCUACCAAAUGUAGAUAUUGUUGGAGGACUCCACUGCAGACCUGCCAAAUCUCUGCCUAAGGAAAUGGAAGACCUUGUCCAGAGCUCAGGAGAGAAUGGUGUUGUGAUUUAUUCAAUGGGGUCAAUGAUUGGAAACUUGAUGAAAGAAAGGGCCGAAAUGAUUGCAUUAACUCUUGCCCAGAUUCCUAAAAAGAUUUUAUGGAGAUUUGAUGGUAAGAAACCAGAUACAUUAGGACUCAACAUUCGACUGUAUAAGUGGAUUCCCGAAGGUGACCUCCUUGGUCAUCCAAAAACCAGGGCUUUUAUAACUCCUGGUGGAACCAAUGGCAUCUAUGAGGCCAUCUCUCAUGGGAUCCCUAUGGUUGGCAUUCCAUUGUUUGUGGAUCAACCUGAUAACAUUUCUCACAUGAAGAUCAAGAGAGCAGCUGUUAGAUUGGAUUUUAACACAAGGACAAGUACUGAUUUGCUCAAAGCAUUGAAUAUAGUCAUCAAAGUCCCUUUGUGA